AUGCAGGUAGAAAUACUUAUUCAACUCACUUCCGGCACCGCCAUCACUGGCCGAUCCAACUUCGGAGUCGAGACAUUCAACGGUAUACCAUAUGCUGAUCCGCCAACUGGUUCGCUGCGCCUUCGGCCGCCACAGAAGCUGUCUCGCAUCUUGGAUAAAGUAGACGGCACAGGCAUAGCCGCUGCCUGCCCCCAGCUUCUUGUGUCGCCAGCAGAUAAGAAUAUAAUCAGCAACAUCGGCGGCCGUUCCUCAAAGAGUACCAAGCCCGGCGAAAAGCUUCCCGUACGCUUCUGGAUAUAUGGCGGCGGCUUCGUGCUCGGGAGCACCAACACAUUCGACGGCACACGGCUUGUGCGCGAGGGCGUGGCAAACAAGCAGCCUUUUACUUUUGUGGCUGUCAAUUACCGAGUCGGCGGCUUUGGUUUCAUGACUGGUUCCGACAUAUUAAAUGAGGGUAGCGCAAACGCCGGCCUUCUCGAUCAACGCAUGGGCCUGGAAUGGGUAGCUGACAACAUUAAUCAGUUCGGCGGUGGCCCGGACAAAGUCACCCUUCGGGGAGAAUCCGCCGGGUCCAUGUCAGUCUUCUACCAAAUGGCCCUCUACGGCGGCAACGCAACGUACAAGGGCAAACCGCUAUUCCGAGGCGGCAUCAUGAACCCGGGAACAGCUCUUUCCGCCGAACCCAUUGGCGGGCCCAAGGGACAAGCUACGUAUAAAUAG